CUUGUGCUCUCUGUGCAGUGGAACACUCGUGCCAAGAGAGAGAAGCUGACAGAGUUGAUGUUCGAGCAGUACAACAUUCCUGCCUUCUUCUUAUGCAAGACGGCUGUGCUUACUGCCUUUGCAAAUGGACGCUCCACAGGCCUUGUGCUGGACAGUGGGGCCACCCAUACCACAGCCAUUCCAGUGCAUGACGGCUACGUCCUGCAGCAAGGCAUCGUCAAGUCGCCCCUCGCUGGAGACUUCAUCUCCAUGCAGUGCCGAGAACUCUUUCAGGAGAUGGCCAUUGACAUCAUCCCUCCUUACAUGAUCGCAGCCAAGGAGCCUGUACGGGAGGGAGCCCCCCCAAACUGGAAGAAGAAGGAAAAGCUACCCCAAGUCUCCAAGUCCUGGCAUAACUACAUGUGCAAUGAGGUGAUCCAAGACUUCCAGGCCUCGGUGCUGCAGGUCUCAGACUCACCCUAUGAUGAGCAGGUGGCUGCACAAAUGCCCACAGUUCAUUACGAGAUGCCCAAUGGCUACAACACAGACUAUGGAGCCGAGCGACUCCGCAUCCCCGAGGGCCUGUUUGAUCCUUCCAAUGUCAAGGGCCUGUCAGGAAACACCAUGUUAGGCGUGGGCCACGUGGUGACAACCAGCAUCGGGAUGUGUGACAUUGACAUUCGCCCGGGCCUGUAUGGCAGUGUCAUUGUUACUGGUGGGAACACACUGCUUCAGGGCUUCACCGACAGGCUCAAUCGAGAGCUGUCCCAGAAGACACCACCGAGCAUGAGACUGAAACUGAUCGCCAGCAAUAGCACCAUGGAACGCAAGUUCAGCCCGUGGAUUGGGGGUUCCAUCUUGGCCUCAUUGGGCACUUUCCAGCAGAUGUGGAUCUCCAAGCAGGAAUACGAGGAGGGCGGGAAGCAGUGCGUGGAGCGGAAGUGCCCCUGAGGGCGCCCCCUCCCCACACACCCGCCUGCCCUUCCACCCUCGGCGUUUGGGGAGACGGACGUGAGAGGGGUGUUUCCCCAUCUAGGCCUCCGCGAGCGCAGA